AUGGUCGCCGACGACUUGUACGAGAAGGCGCUGCCUGUGCUGCAGGACGAGGCCCUGGAUGAGGAGGACAAGACGGACAAGCUCGAGGAGCUGAUGCGCAAGGAGACCAACCUCACGGGCAAAUCACUCGAGAACAUCGUCCUGGACUGCCUCUGGCGCUAUCGCGACGCCGGCAGCUCGUCCAGCUCUCCGCCCAGCCGCCAUACCAUCAUCCGCCGGCCCUCGCCAGCUCCCUGGCAGGCCAAUCGCGCCCCUACUCCUGUCAACGCCUCGCCGCGCAUGGUACACCCGCCGCCGGGCUUCCCCAUGCCACCGGGCUUCGCGCGCACAAAGUCGUCCACCGCGUCCCCCUUUACUUCCCCGCGACCCUCGCCUCGCCUUGCUUUUUCCACACCGCAUAUCCCCCACAGCCCCAGCCUGAGCGCAUACCAGUUCAGCGAAUGCGCAAGUCCCAACACCGAGUCGUAUGGCGACCUCGAUGGCCACUCCGUCGACUGGCUAGUCAACGAUGACGCCGCGAGCACUGAGUCGUCUCUCCUCGGCGAUGGCACGCUCAACGGUGCCGCGGCCGAGUGGGUGCAGCCCCAGACCAUGGACAUGGGCCCAUACGACAUGCUGCGCUCGAUCCUCAGGGACGACCGAUCAGACGAAGAGCUGGAGAAGGUCUUAGAGGCCAAUGGCUACGACCUCAGUGCCGCUCUCCUCGCACUCAUGGGACAGCAACUGGACGUACAACAACUCCCUACCACACCCUCCGAGCACCCAGGAUACGUCAUCGGGAAGUCUAUGAGCCCAGCAUUUAGGCCUAGUACACCCGUGGGUCAGCAGAAGAGCAACAUCGUGUGCAAGUACUUUCUGUCAACCGGACAUUGCGCCCGAGCAGACUGCAGAUUCAGCCAUGACACCAGCAAGACGUUGUGCAAAUACUUUCUAAACGGAAACUGCCUGGCUGGCGAUACGUGCCUCUUCUCACAUGACCCGUCUGCGCUCAUGGCUCGUAUGGCUGUGUCGGACGUCCAAACUCCACCAAUACCCAACUUCCAGAUGUCCGAUUAUGAAUUUCCCACCCUCCACUACAACGGCUCUCCCCUAGGCACACCGUCGAUAACAUCAGCCGCGACCUCUUUGGAACAACUCUACGGUCUGACAGGUGGUGGCCCCACACGCCCUCCACCAGGACUGAGUCCUUUUGCAAACUUCACUCCCGGAGGCGGUAGCCGCCCGCAGUCUAGAACCGGCAGUCGCCAGACUUCGCGUGCCACCACACCUUCGGUGCUCGCAGUCGACGAUAACGACGCUUUCCCUAGUCUGGGUUCCGCUGCUGCUGCUAAGACUGGAAAGCGUCACCACGGCAAGCGAGGUGGACAUGGCCAUCACAAAGAUGCUCCAGGACCUAACAAUCUUGCAGAUGUCGUUCGCAUGUCGCCUGUUCCGGCUCCUGCCACUCCGGCUCGCAAGGGAUUGAGACCGACUAAAAGCUUCACAGGAUCUCGCGAAAACAGUGUGGCUGCCCAGGCGAUACCCGCUCCUCAGCACAUUCCAUGGCUAGAGACGGGUGAGAAGGGCAAUCAGGCUUAUCUCAAAGCUCGCGCCGAGGCUUUCAAGCAUGGCAGUCUGCGCAACAAGUUUUUGCAGAGCGCUGCUCAAGCUUGGAACCGCAGCGAUUCGCGCGCGGCUAAAGCUCUUAGUCUUAGGGGGCAGAGUGAGAACAACCUGAUGCGUGAAGCUCACCGUGAAGCUGCUCGUAUCCUUUACGAAGAUCGCAACAAGGACAGCGACGGCUCGAGAGAGCUGUAUGUUGAUCUUCACGGUCUGCAUCCAGAUGAGUCGGUUUCGUAUCUCGAAGGCAUCCUGUUAAAGCACAGCUCUUCUUCGCGUCCAGUCUACGCUAUUACAGGAACGGGUCACCACUCCAAGAACGGCAAGGACAAAGUUGGCAAGGCCAUUCGCGGCUUCCUAAAUGAAUGGCGCUACGCCUUCCGCGAAUUCUCUGUCCCCGGUGACCGCAACAAUGUAGGUGGCAUUCUUGGUAUCGACCCGAGUAGCUACGACAAGAGUGUGGCGGAACGGCCAAAGGAAUCUGAAUCGGAUGGAGAUAGCGCAAAGAAAGACACGAAGAUUCGCAUCAUGAAGAGAGAUGAUGUAAUAGAUGCGCCGAAAGGACCGAAGCGUACUGCUUAA